AGAGUUACUGUAAUGCAUUACCACCGCAAAUGGUAUAAAACAAGGUGCUCGAUCUCUAACAAGUGACUAGGACAAGUCAGUUUGGUGAAGUCAAACUUCCAGAGCAACAUAAAAUCCACCGUGUAGUCUUUCCRAAAUUUUCCGUCAUGUCCUGCAAGGAUGAGUCAUUCAACCCGGAGGUAAUAGACCUUGGACACCUUCCUGAGAAGCCUACCGGUAAAAUCCCACAGCAAUAUGCUAUACCCGAAGAGAUUCCAGCUGAAGCUAAAAGCGUGUUACUGUACGCUUUUGCUACAACUACUGACCAGUGCAGUUUCCAUCGAGGUUUUUUUCAGAUUUUCACCAAAGAAGGUGAUAUUACGUACGCGAUGUAUAUGAACUUCGCGACUUCAACCGCUGCCACCAUCACUUCUGCUAAUGUAUGGUUGCCAAUCACGUCAGACAGGACAGUGUACGUCAAUCUGUAUUAUCCACCUGACGUAAGUGUAGCACACAAAGUAAAGACUCCAGUGCCGAAAGGUCUCCAAGGGAUGCAAGCUAAGUUGUGUGGUGAGGAUUGGAGUAAUCUGUUUAUCACUGGCUGGAAGUAGGCACUCGUUGUGCGGCCCCUCCUGCUCUCAACCAUUCUGAGACAAACUAGCUAGUAAAUAACAAGGAACGUUGUUUUAAAGUAAUACUCUUUUUGACUAAAAAUAAGAGCAAGUUGCUAGCACUUUGGAUGUGCCGCAGUGUAAUUAUGAUGUACAUUUUCAGCAUGCAGAAUGUACUGUUAUAAGAUAAUGUGAUAACUGUAAUUCCUAUUGAGACAAGCUCAGAUUCCACAAAUAAAACUGUUGAAGAGCAAUA